GCCGUGGUGGCGGGACUUGAAGUAGGAGUCAUACUUUCGACGAUAGGACUAUCAGGCAUGCGAGUCGAUGGCGCUGAAAAGAAUAUCUACAGUUCAGGUGAAUUUGCAAGCCUUCGGGGGCGGACUAGAUAAGUACCGUGACAGUCAAGCGUCUGUCACGCCUGCCGUCACACACCGUCACGCAACAGCUUGCCGCUUUACACCGCGUACAUCUGUCUUUCGCUUUUGCUCUUCACCACCAUUUUACCUAUCCGAAGUUUCAACACACCGAUAGUUCUUAACUGAACUUAUCUUUCCACAAUGCAGGAGGCGGAAGAGCAAGAUACCUGCCGUAUAUGCAGCGCUCCCGCUGAACCUGAUCAACCAUUAUUCCAUCCUUGCAAAUGCUCAGGAACUAUCCGGUAUAUUCACCAGGACUGCCUGACAACAUGGCUGUCUCAUAGCAAGAAAAAGACUUGUGAUGUCUGCAAGCACUCCUACUCUUUCACAAAGGUGUAUGCAGCGGACAUGCCGCCAAGAUUACCGCCGGCUCUUCUUCUGAGACGAUUAGCUCAGCAAGCCCUGUUCGCACUGUUAUUUGCGGUGAGAGCAGUUGUAGUUGCUUUGGUAUGGCUCGCGGUGCUCCCGUGGGUGACCGUCUGGACUUGGAGGAUCUGUUUCACAAUCGGAGAGCUGACUGCCUGGUACAUUAGUGAUAGAGAACCUCCGCCUGAGAGCGGCACUACUAUUAAUCCCUUCUACUACAACAUUCACCCUGAUGCAGCGAGACCACCGUCUCAGACCCUACUUGGAGAAAUAUCAACCCAUCCAGUCUGGUUGGCUCUAUCCUCAGACAUAUUUACUGGCCAAAUAAUAGCUUCGAUGAUCGUUGUGACAUUCGUGGCUAUAUUCCUGUUACGGGAGUGGAUUUCUCAAAACGCAAGACCUGGUGUGUUCGACGAGGAGGAGUUACCUAUGCCAGAGGAAAGACUGCCAGCUGUACAACAAGACAACCCGCCCCAGCCACCCCAGCCACCUAUCGUUGCCGUGAUAGAACAACAGCGUAAUAGGUUGGCUCUCGCACAGCGUCAGGUGGAUGCGGUAAGGGCUUACGAUGCGAUGCGAGCUAUGCAGGGCGCGAACGGUCACGUCGUAGGAGAGGGGAGAAAUCACGGAAGAACCCCCUUGGAACUUCCUUCGCGUCGGGAGAGGCCACAUGACGAUGAUGAUGGGACCGAAUCUUCUCGCGAAACGACAAGGCAACAGUGCACGGAAGAUGAAGAGAAAAACCGCGAACGUGAACAUGCAAAGCGACGAAAACAGCAUCGUGCUUUCUCGCGGCGGCUACAAACAGCUCGUAUGUCUCGAAGGGAGGCAGAACGAAAUAGCGAGGAUAAUGCACUCGCAUAUUCUGAUGCUACAAAUGAUCCACUAUGGUUGCCAGAGUUCACGUUCACCGUUUCUCCUAGUUCUGGUCAGCGUGCAGGUUCUUCAUCAUCGGCCUCUUCUUCAUCGUCGUCCUCCUCGUCUCCUUUCCCUCCUGUUGUCCUGCAGCCUCCGGCGGAGCCCAUACCGUUCUCACUCAAUUCACCUCCCACGCCUGGACCGUCAGACGUGCCAUCAACAUCAUUCCGACGACCUCCUCUGCCUAACACAGUCCUGCCGAGCUCUGGUCCAUCUUCCCCACUGCAUUCGACACCUCUUGCGUCGCCGGGUCUAGCCACCUAUCGGGCUCCCGAAGAUUUCGGUGUCGACGAAGAUCCACCGCCAGGAUAUUUUGAUAGUUCAGAGCACGAUCGUGAGUUUGAAGCUGAGCAAAGAGCUUUGAUGGCGAGGUACUUUCCGGGUGAAGAGGACACACCACCACAGGUUGAAGAGCUUGAGGAGGAGGAAGAGGUGGAGGAAGAGGAGGAAGGGGAUGAAUACGGCAUUGAGGAUGAAGAUCAAGAUGUCCCUGACGGUGGUCAGGUGCUGGAGGUUGCUCCUCCUGUUGCGCCAGUCCUUGACGUCGCUAACCAAGCACCGGAUAUCGUACAAGAUGCCGCAAUGGCAGCUGGACUUGGUGACGAUAUAGAAGCAAAUGCCGAUGAUGACAUGGAAGGAGCUCUAGAAGCCAUUGGCAUGAGGGGUCCCUUCCACACUGUCCUCCAAAAUGCUACCCUUAUGAUGUUCGUUCUCGACGCCGCAAUCGUUGUAGGUAUUUUGGCCCCUUUUACAGUUGGAAAGUCUACUCUGUUGCUAUCGCUGGAUCCCCGCCGUUUCCUUCAAAUACUCCACCUUCCUAUCCGUGCUAUCCGAUUGUUGACUGAUCCUGUUGUAGACACAAUUGUCUAUGUCAUUAGCGAAGUUAUCUUCCCGCAGUACUUGACUGUGGGACGUGGGCUGUUGGAUUUGAUUUUGAUUGGCGUUUUGUUCUUUGCCAAGGCAAUUGUGGGUCGCGAUGGACUCGGCCGAACGAGUGAGGCUAUUGUAACCUUUUAUCAUCGUGCUGUCAAUGCCUCUGACAUGUUUUUCCCGUGGAUAUCCGCAUCGUCUAACACUACCUCUCAGGAGCCCACGUCUACAUUUUCUAUGCUUGACCAAUUGAAGGCUGGCACAAUAGAAAUGUUUGAGCCUUCCUUUGCUGCCCUCGGUAAAGAAGUUAGACUUUUGGCCGUCCGAUUCUGCGAUUGGUGGACAGACAUCGCUCUCGGUCACGGUUCAACGGAAAGGGCCUCUGCUAUCAUCUUUGGAUAUGCAGUGGUUGCUCUGAUGGUUUCUGUCUACGUUCAUUUGCUUGCUAUCGGAAACAAGGAGGCAGGUCGGUCUGUGAAAAGUGCUUUCAGACAACACCUCCUUGUUGUCAAGGUCGCGGCCUUCAUUUUCAUUGAAUUGGCGCUUUUCCCGCUCGGGUGCGGUGUCGUUCUUGACCUCUGUGCCAUUUGGUUCUUCUCUGGAUCCAACCUUGCCAAUCGCACUCUGUUUCUUUACCAGGCUCCAAUGACUGCCAUGUUCUAUCACUGGGUCGCCGGAACGAUGUUCAUGUAUUCCUUUGCAGUUUUACUGUCCGGAUGCAGAAGUAUCAUGCGAUCCGGCGCGAUGUGGUUCGUUAAAGAUCCUCAAGACCAAAACUCGCACCCGAUACGGGAUAUUCUUGACCGGUCAACAAUCACUCAACUGCGGAAGAUUUUCAUCAGCGCAAUCAUGUAUUCCGUUGUAGUUCUUUGUACCGUGGCCAGUGCUUCUGCGCUGUAUUUCAUUGGCAGUAAAACCGUUUUACCUUUCCGGUGGAAAAAUAGGCAACCGCUGUCCAAAGUGCCCAUCGACCUACUGUUUCUUCACUUGGUCUUGCCAUAUACGAUGCACUACUUCCGUCCGCGAAAAGGUAUCAAGAGGCUGGUGACUAUUAUUUGGCAAUUCCUGGCUCGUCAAUUCCGUUUGACUUCUUACUUUUUUGGUGGUCGAUAUCCCACCGAAGAGGUGACACCUGCCAAAUGGUCAUUGAAAUCUAUGUUUACCUCGAAAUCUUUCUUUGUGGACCCAACAGCCAAGUCUGAUGGCUCAUUUAGGCGAGUCCCGGCCACUGAUAGCAUCGCACUUCCAAAAGAUAUCGGUGCCACUGCCGUUGUUGAUGAACGUGGUAAUCCCAUCGAUGAACGAGCGGAGAGAUUGAUCACGAUACAAAAUUCGGAAGCUUUGAAGGCCAAGCACCAGAUCAGAGAUGAUUAUAUGGUGGUAUACAUUCCCCCCAAUUUCCGUAGACGGAUCUUUACAUUCGUUGCCGUUUUGUGGGUCACUGGCGCCUUGUCACUCGGUGUCUUGGUUGCCCUUCCGAUAGCGCUUGGGCGGCGCUUCUUCGGACUUUUUGUUGCGGAAGAUGUUCAUGAUGGCUACUCUCUUAUCAUUGGAUUCUAUUUGCUCUGGGGCUGUUAUCUUGUUGGAAAGGCGAUUGACCGCUUGGAUAAACGUCGACAGCGAAGAGGCGGUGACGGCCCUCGUGCCGACUUGUGGAUGUUGGUUGUCAAGCGUGGAUUGCUAUGGUCUGCGAAGAUAUCCUAUAUGACGCUAUUCCUGGGUAUGGUGAUUCCUACCCUCGUUGCGCUCGCCAUCGACCUAUACGUGAUUCUGCCUAUUCGCUUGGGUCUGGAUCCUACUCUUUCGCCGACCAUUCGUAUUGUGGAUGAAUGGGCGCUCGGGUUGCUUUAUGUUAAGAUUGGGCUAUAUGCACAUAGAAUGCAACCUCGAGGCCGCAUAGCCAGGGGAAUUGAUCUUAUUUCACAUAAUGGUUGGACUCAUCCAGAUCCUGUCAGUGCGACAAAGGAAGUCAUCGCCCCCGUCACUGCGGGCCUUCUUGGCAUGAUUGUUUUACCUGGGCUGCUGUUUACGAUACUACGCCACUUCUUUCCUUCUGUCCCAGUGAACGACAAAUUCAUCUUCGCCCACUUAUAUCCCGCGAUCUUUAUUGUCGCGGCUUCUUCUAGGUCAGCAUUUCUGUCUAUGGAUCUUCUAUCGUCUUGGUCCCAAAGCAUACGAGACAAGGAGUUUUUGGUAGAGAUGCGUUUGCGGAACCAUGAUCAGGACGCGGUGGAGGAAGGGCCAGCAAGUGUUAACAAUUCCACAGCAGAGUCGGAAUAAUUAGUAAUAAAUUUUCACCUUCUGAUUUACAGUAGCAUUGUAUACAAAGCCCAUCACCCUAUAUUUCGAUGUAUUGCAUAGAACAGCAUAAUUCUUUUUCUGACUUU